AAAGCCAUAACAGAGAGAUAAGCAGUGAGUCAUGGCCUCUAAAGCUUCUCUCUCCGAGGAUGAUUUCUCCUGUCCAGUAUGCUGUGACAUCUUCAAGGAUCCUGUGGUCCUGUUGUGUAGCCACAGCUUCUGUAAAGCCUGUCUGGAGGAAUACUGGAAACAGAAGGCAUCUCGGGAAUGUCCAGUCUGCAGAAAGAACUCAUCAAUGGAAUUCCCCCCCUGUAACCUGGUUUUAAAGAACCUGUGUGAGGCCUACUUACACGAUAGAAGUCAGAGAGCUUCAGCAGGGUCUGAGGUGCUCUGCAGUCAACACAGUGAGAAACUCAAGCUCUUCUGUCUGGAGGAUAAACAGCCCAUCUGUUUUGUGUGUCAAACUUCAAAAAAGCAUAAAAACCAUGACUGCUGCCCAAUAGAUGAAGCUGUACUGGAUCAUAAGGAAGAACUCAAGACUUCACUGGAGCCCUUACAGGAGAAGCUGGAGGUCUUUAGAGAAGUUAAACUGAGCUGUGAUCAAACAGCCAACCACAUCAAGAGCCAGGCCCAGCACACAGAGGGGCUGAUUAAGAUGGGGUUUAAGAAGUUUCAUCAGUUUCUAUAUCAUAAAGAGAGAGCCAGGAUAGCUGAACUGAAGGAGGAAGAGGAGCAGAAGAGUCAGAUGAUGAAGAAGAAGAUUGAGAAGAUGAGCAGAGAGAUAUCAUCACUCUCAGACACAAUCAGAACCAUAGAAGAAGAGCUGGGAGCUGAGGACAUCUCAUUCCUGCAGAACUACAAGGAUACAGUGAAAAGAGCCCAGUGUACACUGCCAGAUCCAGAGAGGGUUUCAGGAGCGCUGAUCGAUGUGGCAAAGCACCUGGGAAACCUGCAGUUCAGAGUCUGGGAGAAGAUGCAGGAAAUAGUUCACUACACUCCAGUGACUCUGGACCCCAACACUGCCAAACCACAACUCACCCUGUCUGAUGAUCUGACCAGUGUGAGAUACAGUAACAAUAAACAGCAGCUUCCUGACAACCCAGAGAGGUUUGAUGAGGUUGGAGUAGUCCUGGGCUCUGAGGGUUUUAACUCAGGAACACACAGCUGGGACAUUGUUGUUGGGGAGAAUACAUUCUGGUACCUGGGUGUGAUCACAGAGUCUGUCCAGAGGAAGGGAGACAGUGGAUAUUGGGAUGCGUUCUGGGGUAUGUUGUUUUAUAGUGGUGAUUAUAAAACACAUGAUCCAAAUAAGCCAUUCACUCCCCUCACAGUGAGACAGAAGCCCCAGAGGAUCAGAGUGCAGCUAGACUGGGAAGGAAGAAAGCUAUCAUUCUCUGACCCUGUCAAUAACACACAUCUACACACAUUCACACACACUUUCACUGAGAGAGUCUUUCCAUUAUUCUGUACUUUUACACCUCUGAGGGUUUUACCAGGUAAAGUGACUGUAUCAGUGGAUACUGUCUCUGUCUGAAUCAGGGACUAACAGGAUGUAAAUGAUUCAGUAACACUCACUGAUGUCCAUCAUUAAGAUUCUCACAGAGGGAGGACACACUGUGAUGUAGUAGAGGGGACCUUCGUCCAUUAAGAACACUCCUGUUGUCACACUUUCACCUGUCUGAUAAUCAUCACUAUUAUAAUACUCUAUUACAAUAACCACUAAUAAUAUUACAAUAACUGCUACUAAUAUUACAAUAACCACUAUUACAAUAAUCACUAUUAAUAUUACAAUAAUCACUGUUACUAUACAAUAAUCCAUAUUAAUACUAUUUAUCUAACACUUUCACCUGUCAGACAGUAAUCUCUAACAUCUGACCAAGUUUCCCAACAUUUUAGUUGUGUGUUAACAGAGAUUGGUCAAACAGUGGUAGUCAUCACUGUUAUAGAAUAUAAAUGUCACCUGUUGGUUGUUGGGUUUUCUUUUUACCACAUGUAGAUGUUUUCACUGGUUAUGUUAACACUGGCAGGUAUCCCAGUCAACUUGGGCUCCCUGAAAAACAUUUGCUGUACAGUGUUGUGUUCUUGGACCGUGACUCAGAUAACUAGCCUGUUACACCAACACAUGUAACAUAUGCCUAUGGAAAGUAACACAUUUUCACCCAAUAAACAUGAUGAAUUAUUGAGGGACUUCCAUCUGUGUUUGGAUCAUGGGGUUAAAUUAAGAUCAGCUGCACACAUACAGUGCAUUUGGAAAGUAUUCAAACCCCUUUACUAUUUU